GCUAGGAAUACAGUAUGAAGAUAUGUGGAAUAUGGACGACACUAGAGUUGCACUAGGGAGGAUCGCGAGUGAGUAUCAAUUUUGGAGACAAUCUCAGCCACCAGCAUUAAGCUUCAAUGCCCAGUUAUCUUCAAAGGCAAGCAUCUACGAUCUACUUAGUUCCCAACCCAAGGCACCCUAAAUUGGCUCUAUACCACGUCAGAGAAUGGCUGGACGUCCAACUCAAUUGGCUGUGAAUAGUUACAGCGUAUUUUUAUACCAAAUACUUCACCAUCCUCUGGUGGCUAUCAACUGCUCCUUCUUGAUGGCCAUGGCCCCCAUACACCUAUCGAAUUUAUGUGGCUCUGCAAGCUUAACAAGAUACACCUCCUGUAUCUCCCAGCUCAUGCAACACACCUGCUGCAGCCUCUAGAUCUUGCUCCUUUCUCUGUUCUUAAAACACGCUAUCGCAAUGAGAUCCGAGCUCUCUCUGUCCUUGAUGACGCAGCACCUAUCAAGAAGGAGCGCUUUAUCGUAUCAUAUAACAAGGCAAGAGAAGAAGCUUUAUCAGAGCGAGUUAUAAGUGCAGGCUGGCGCGCUGCUGGCCUUUGCCCAUUCAACCCAAAUCUAGUACUGCUCUCGUCCCAAGUAACUGGCCAGCCAGUUACUCCACUAGCAGCUAGUCAGGCCUUGACUACAUCAGAACAAGUCUUCAACACCCCUCAGAGCUCACAAGCUCUAUACAAGGCCCAGCAGCAGCUGCUGUUGUCAGAAUCUCUCUCACGAAGCACCCGGAUAAAUCAACAACUUAAAUAUCAACUAGAUCACUAUAAGAUUACUCGUACUAGAAAGCGAGUUCAAGUUAAUCCAAAUGAGCGAUUCAGCAACGUUGAGAGUAUACAGGCUGCUAUCGACCGAGCAGCAGAUCUACAGGCUCAACAGGCAAGCACUUCAGCAGAAAAAGAAGCAGAAAAGGCUGCAGCUGCUGCAGUAGCUCGUACUCUCAAUUCUAUGUGUACACAGUGGCAAAUAUAAUCGUUGUUGUUAAGAAAAUCACGACUCUAUACUGUGUGGCUGCUUUGGGUGGGGUGGCCGGAAACUAUAUGUGGCCGGAAAGU